AUGAGGGACGAGGAGUGGGGGUCCAAGGAAGCUGGCCCUGCUGUGACGGGGUCAGGGGGCGGCGACAAGUUUCAAAUGCUUCAGCCGAACCGCGACCUCGAGGUGAAUUGGACGGUCGACCUGGCAAAGAACUUGGAGGAGUACCUGCUCAAGAUAUGCUCAGGGGAGAUCGACGCCGAUGGCGAGGAGUUAGGCCACCUCUCCGUCAAUUUCGCGGAGGGUACGCUGGUUUCUGUUCGUGAAAUUUGUCUUUUUUUUGUUUCAUCGUUAUAUUUGACAAGUGCGUGGCGAAUCAUAUGGGUCCAGCUGCGAUGCUUCUCCAAGGUUCGAUUCAGGUUUACAGUCGGAAGGUGGAAUACCUAUAUACUCUGGUUCUGCACGCCUUGGAGUUUCUUUCACGUGACAAGUACGAAUCCCCUCUCCUUUUCACACUUCUUUUAGAUCCAUCUCGGUCGGUUUUCUCAGUGCGCUCCGUGUCAUAUUUUUUUUGUUUGUUUUUUUAAAUGGGUUUGAUUUUUUCCUGUCAAAAUUGGUGCUCCCUUUCACAGAUGUGAUUGCAAAAUUACAUUACAUUUUCUGCACUUGCAAAAUUACAUUCCAGGUUCUCUUAUUGCAUAACUUCCUAGGAUUCAGGAUCUAUUGUAAGGCAUGAAUUUCUGAGUUGCUUUUGUAAUGCAGUUGCGGUUCAGUUUUCUCUUGAUUAUAAAUGUACGGCCAUAUUUAAUGUAAGAGAAGUUCGGGAAGUAGGUUCUGACGAAUGCAAUAAAAAAAUUUGAUAGUUUACUCCUCUUCAAGGAUACCAAAAGCAUUCAGGUUUAUUAACGAAUCUAGUUUACUAAUCUAUCAAACAGCAGAUUUACGCUUUAAUAUUGUUGUGUAGGCAUGACCAAAAUGACAAAUCUCCACCUCAGCCUGAUGGAAUGGAAGACUCCAGAGUUAUUCCCGAGGAUGAUGAAAUUUUUCUGGGUUUAGAUGAUGUGCCAGGUAAAAUUUACCGUUGAUUUUUUUCUCAUUGGCUUGAAUAUUUUCAACUGACUUUUCUGUAUGGUUCCAGUGGAAACAAAGAACUGCCUGGACGAUGAAGAUAAUGAAGAUGAUUUUUUAAAUCACCUUUUAAAACCCCCAGCAAACCUUAAUGUGCUAGAAGGGGAUUGUCUGGAUACCAUCUCGGAAGCUAGUAAAUUUGAAUCUUAUCAGGUACGUAAUUACUCAUUGUUUAUUUUUACCAUCUACAAGGUGGAAAAAUUAUUCAUUUGUAGCAAACUUUAACUGAUGAUGCAUGUAUUGAUGGAGAAGUAAUGUGAACCUUCACUAACAGAGAAGAUGAAACCGUUUACGAAGCUUCUCAACUAGAUGUAGAAUUUUCUUGUUGAGAUUUCCUCUUUACAUUAUGUGUGGAAUAUGAAACAUUGUUAGAGUUUGGUGUAUUCUGGCUGAUACUGCCCCAUUUGCGGUUUGAGAAUCACUGCUCAAUAUUGUAUUUUUUUUUUUUCACUCUGAUCCCUUACCAUUCGGAUACUUCAUGGGUUUUAAUAUCCUGAAGAUUCUUGUUUUCUGAUCCUGUCAAAAGUUUGCCUUUAUCAUUGAGUGGUAUUUUCAUGCUGAAGAUUCCCUGAAACAUUCAUAAUUUCUGGUGUUACUCAACUCUAUAUUCUUUCUGACGUUCUGUCAUAAUGUUUGCAGUUAUCAACUUGCAGUUUCUAUGGGGAUUUUCUCUUAUUAGACCCAUGCGAUGCAGAAGCUAUUCAUAAUUUCAUAAGUGACAAAGACAAAGUUAAAGAACGCAGUGUCACUCAUAGAGCUAGUAUGCCAAGGAUGAAUGCUCAGAGCUCACUGCAUUCUCCUUCAGAAGAGCAAUCAGCAGUGAAAAGUCAUAAGCCAACUGGAAUGAAGCAAGAUGUCGCUUUUGAUCAGCCUUUUGAAAGCAAUUUCGCCUCUGGUGUUGGUCUGGAUGACACGUCUUCUGGACCAAAUGCUGGGCAUGAUUCUCCUGAAAAUGAUGGCGACCAUCAAGAUGAACCAGAAUUUGGGUAUCCAGACAUCAAUGAUGACAGUGAUGAAGAUGAUGAUCCAUGGAAACCUCUGAAUCCUCACGAAGCUGGAAACCUACGGAUAAAACCAUUUAAAAGAUGUAUGUUAACAUUGCCCCAUAUUUUCAAGGAUGUUAUUCUUGUACAGGUCAUCAUGGUUGUUCCCAUUUGAAUCAGGUAGUAUUUUUAGAAGGAAGCUUGCAAGUUUCAACAAGCGUGAGCCUGUCGUUUUGCAAUUCCCAGUGGCCAAAUUGGAUGGGACUAUUGAUCCUGAAUUAGCCGAAAUGUUUUCAAAGCAGCUUCGUGCCCAAGCCAGCGUGCAUUCAUCUCAAUCACCUCCAUUCUUUGAAAAGGUACACUUGGAGAACUUCCUUUGAACUUGGGUUAUUUCCUUUCUUAGUGAUGCAAUGACAUUCAAGAUGAUCUGUGUGUUGCAGCUCAGAGAAUCACUCGUAUGGGGAAAGCAUGAAGCUUAUGAUGUCCUGCAUGAUCUUGACGAUGAAAAUAAUGAUGCUGAAGAUGACAGUGAUAUUAUGGAUUCUACUGAGAAAGAUGAUAUCAAUCUCACACAGAACUCUAUUAAUUUUGAUGCAGAGGUACCUCUUAAUGAUGGAAAGGUGUGUGUGAUUUAUAUCUUCCCUAUAUUAUUUCUAACAAAGAAUGCAUAAAUGAUGACGCGUUGCACAUUGCUUGUGUGCAGCAAAGUGUAGACACAUCAGAAUUUAAUAGAGGUGAAACUUUUGGAAAGAAUGAUGUAGACACAGAAAAAAGUCUUGAAGAUCUUUGCCGCUCUCAUUUGGUAAUAAUGGGCAAUUUCUAUCUUCUUGUCUUCCAUAUUCCCUAUUUUUCUUCGUCUUUCUGUUUUUUAUGCUUCUGAUGCUUAAACAAGAGGGUGAAAAAUGCGAAAUUUAAUGCUCUUUGCUAGCAACUGCAGCCAACCUUUGUUUUUCUGCUGCAUCUCUUAGUUAUAUCAACUCUUUGACAAUCUGGGCUGGAAGUGGCAAUUAGCUGAUCCUGCUUGGAGCUCGGUUAAGUGUAGCACUGUCUAAAGUGGACCAAAAGAUCAUUGUUUCGCAAAUAAUCAUGGUCAUGUAUCUCGGUCUGGGUCAAGUCUGGUGCCCCCUCCUCCCCCAGAGAAGAGAAGAAAUAAAAAUCUCAACUCAUCCAUGAAAGCAAUAGAUAUAUAUAUUGCUGUUGGAUCCUUUCAGCCCUACUUACAAGCAAAGUCGGCUUUACAAUGGUCCUACCGUUUGUAGGAUUCGCUUCUUGCCAGCAUUGUGGAAGCGGAGAAGCAGACAGAGAUAGCCACUCGUGUUUCAACAUGGAAGCAGAAAAUCGAACACACAUUAAAUGAACAAGUAAGUUGCCUAUUGUGCUCUUAUUCUGUAAGCAGCUGAAGCAACAUCAUAUCUUGUUUUUUGCAUAAUCAUUUACCGGCUAAUGGCUUACCCAACCUCCAGGACUCUCACUGUCCAUUUGAUAUUCAUCUGUACGGAGAAAAAAUUCUGAGCAAGCUGUCUGUGGAAGCUGACGACGAAAUGAGCAUGUGCUUCACUAGCAUUGUUACGGGUCAAGCAAAGCAUGACAUCGCAAGAACAUUUUCAGCACUUCUCCAACUGGUGAUUCUCUUGUUCUUGAUAUUCUAAUGCUCAUAUGUUGAUUGUUAGAAUGUCUCACAUUGGAAUGAACAUAAAAAAUCCCGUAUUGGGCUCCCCUCAUUUCCAAUUAAUUUUGAGUUGAAUGGCUGAUUUUUCUUUUUCAGUUGACAUCAAAACAUGGUUAUAAGAUGCUAAUUAAAAACUAUAUGCUAAUUAAUUUUAGGCUCGAUUAAUUGGAGAUUAACUUUCAACUAGAUCCUGCUCAGUAGGCCUCAGAACCCCUGAAACAAUUCAGCAAUUCAAGAUUAAAAAAACCCUGCUUGUCCAAAAACGGAAAACCGAUCGCUUCACUAUCCCUUGGUUUCUUUUAGUCGGACAUUCUGAUUUUCUUAUGCCAAAUAUUUAAUUUUUGUUUAUAUAUGCCUUGUAUAAGAUGCUUGAGGAGCUAAAGGUUUCCAUUCUCUUGGCUUUUUAGGUGAACGAUGGGACUUUGGAUCUGGACAGAGGGGACUCCUCAACCCAGUCGACAUGCUUCACAUCAGCCAACGCGUUUCAGGUGAGACUCGUCAACCCGGAAAGAAAGGAAGAGCUGCAGAUCCCCCGCUUGAAGAAGAGAAUCAAGUCUCCUCCGAGCAGGAAGCCUCCAAAGCCUGAUGACUCUGAAAAAUAUCCACUGCGGAGUGGGAAGAAGGGUGGUGUCAGGUGCACCCCCGAGGGCAAGAAGAGGCGGCGAUCCGGAUUGGUUGACUUGCCCUCUGCCAGAUGA